AGAGAGUACGAAGACUGGACCUAUACCGGAUUUUAAACGCGAAAACAGGCACAUAUUCGUCUCUUAAAAUGUGGCGGGGUUGACAGAAGCCACCGCGCACACGGCCUUUUAAACGAUGUUUGCAGAGGCCAGUCUGUCCAUCUGGGGAUGGGGGGGUCUCGGAGUCGUGCUGUUCCUUGUCACCUUCGGGCCCUUUGCCAUAUUCUACCUGGCCUUCUAUAUCUUCUGCUUCAUUGGAGGAGGCUUUGCGGUCACUCUGCUUUAUGGGAAGAUCAACUCAGAGAAACACCUGGAGAAGUGCGAGCAAUCCUAUCUGUCACCUACACAAACUGGUAUACUGAAGACAUUGGAUGAGAUGAAGCUCGAAUUGAAGCCCAUAAAGAUUGACAGGCGACUGACUGGCUCUAGCUUCAUAGAUGAACCAUUACAGCAGGUGAUCCAGUUUGCUCUGAGGGACUACAUACAGUACUGGUACUACACCCUGAGUGAGGACGAGUCAUUCCUGUUGGAGAUCAGACAGACGCUUCAGAAUGCCCUCGUCCAGUUCUCCACACGGUCCAAAGAGGUGGACUGGCAGCCUUACUUCACUACACGCCUGGUUGACGAUUUUGCCACCCACCUGCGUGUCUUUCGGAAAGCCCAAGACCGCCUCAGUGAGAGAGAGGACAAACAAAGAGACAUGACAGAGGAACUGGUGGACUCAUUCUUCGAGGCAGAAGUGGAGAUGGAGAGGAAGAUUUGUCGAGACAUGGUGUGCACCUCUCUCAAAGACGAGGAGGGUUUCCUUCGAGACCUAUGUGAGGUGCUGCUGUACCUGUUACUACCUCCUGGUGACUUCCACAACAAGAACAUGAGAUACUUCCUCAGGGAGGUGUUGGCGCGAGGCGUUCUGCUUCCUUUGAUAAACCAGCUGAGUGACCCUGACUACAUCAACCAGUUUGUCAUCUGGAUGAUCCGUGACUCCAGCUGUAACUACGAGGCCUUCAUGAACAUUCUGAAGCUGACUGACAAGCCAGCCGAGUUGGAGGCCGUCAAGGAUAAGGUGUUGGAGGAGUUGCAGUACCUCCGGUCACUGGACACGGCCGGAGAUGAUAUCAAUGUGAUCAAGAACCAGAUUAAUAGUCUUCUAUUUGUGAAGAAGGUGUGUGAGACCAGAAUCCAGAGACUGCAGUCUGGCAAGGAGGUAGAUGCCUUGAAACUGGCGGCCAACUUCGGCAAGCUGUGUGUCAUCCCUCUGGAUCACAUCCUGGUUCACAACAUAGCCCUGCAGUUCUUCAUGGACUUCAUGCAGGCUGCCGGGGCCCAGGCUGAGCUUUUUUUCUGGCUGACUGUGGAGGGCUACCGGGUGACAGCCCAGCAGCAGUUGGAGGUGAUGCAGGGCUGGCAGAGGGACGGCAAGAAGCAACCCAGCACUACCAAAGGGCUGCUCAGGGCUGCCGCUCUGGGCGUAUAUGAGCAGUACCUCUCUGACAAGGCAUCUCCUAGGGUGCAGGUGGAUGAGGCAUCUGUAAUCAAACUGGGGGAGAAUCUGCAGAAAGAGGACCCCACACCAGACAUAUUUGAUGAAAUCCAGAGAAAGGUGUAUGAGAUGAUGCUCCGUGACGAGCGCUACUACCCCUCCUUCAAGCAGAGUCCGCUCUACGUCCGUAUGCUAGCUGAGCUAGACAUGCUGAAGGAGCCCAGCUACAGGGGCUCUGAUGAUGGCGAUGGAGAGUCUUUUAAUGGGUCCCCCACAGGAAGCAUAAACUUAUCUCUGGAUGACCUGUCCAACUCCUGCCAUGAUGAAUGUAUGCAGCUACAUGCGUUUAUCUCGGAGACAGGGGUGUGCAACGACCACGGCAAGACUUACGCGCUGUACGCCAUAACCGUGUUUCGACGCAGCCAUGACGGCAGCGAGGACUGCUGGAAGACCUACCGCCGCUACUCGGAUUUCCAUGACUUCCACAUGAGGAUCACUGAACAGUUUGAGAACCUGACGUCUAUCCUCAAGCUGCCAGGGAAGAAGACCUUUAACAACAUGGAUCGAGACUUCUUGGAGAAGAGGAAAAAAGACCUCAAUGCCUAUUUACAGUUGCUGCUGAACCCAGAGAUGGUGAAGGCCUGCCCAACUCUGGUCCCCUACGUCUAUGACUUCCUAGAAAACAAGGCCUAUAGCAAGGGCAAGGGAGACUUUGCACGCAAGAUGGAUACGUUUGUGAACCCUCUACGGAGCUCCAUGAGGAACGUGUCCAACGCAGUGAAGGCCCUGCCAGACAGCCUGGCUGAGGGCAUGAACAAAGUCUCCGACAACAUGGGUCGCAUGUCUGAGAGGCUUGGCCAGGACAUUAAACAGUCCAUAUUCAAGGUGCCUCCACUCCUGCCCAAGUCUGACAUUGACCCAGAACACUGUCGAGUCUCGGCCCAGCUCGACGACAAUGUGGAUGACAACAUUCCGCUGCGUGUGAUGCUGCUGCUGAUGGAUGAGGUGUUUGACCUGAAGGAGAAGAACCAGUGGCUACGCAGGAACAUCAAGAACCUGCUACAGCAGCUCAUCAGAGCCACCUACGGUGACACUAUCAAUAGGAAAAUUGUUGAUCAUGUGGACUUCAUGACCUCACCAGAGCAGGUGGCAGAUUAUGUCAAGAAGUUCAGGGAUUCGUACUGGCCCAACGGAAUCUUGGCUGAGACUCCACCCCGCCGGGACAAGAGCAUCCGCAUGAGGACACGAGUAGCCGCCAAGACAAACCUGCUAGGGAUCAUGCCAGAUGAGCUGAAGCACAUCAUUGGGGCAGACACGACACGGAAGGGCAUCCUGCGGGUUUUUGACAUGUUCCAACACCAGCCCAUGAACCGCCGGCUGGUCUACGUUUUCUUAGAGGGCUUCCUGGAGACCAUGUUCCCCCAGUACAAGUUCCCUGAGCUCUUCAUCAAGCUACACUCCCGCUCACCACAAAUGCACAGAUACAGCCAGAAACUCAAAUCCUGCUCCCUGAAGAGGUGACAGGAGACGGCGGCGACAAUGGGAGACGGGCUGACCAGAGCGUGGCAAUGUGCGAGACAUGCACCUAGGUGCACGCACAUCUACACAUACACACGCACUAGCACUAACGUAUGCACACACACACAGGGUUGAGGGUGAGAGUAGAGGGGCUUGAUAUGAGAGUUGAAGUUGAGGUGUGUGUGUGUGUGCAUAUGCAUAAUUUCCAGCCCCUCACUUCUCGCCCAAGCUCUUCAUGCAUCACUUCCUGUAAAUUCUCUGUCAUGAAGGAAUUGAAUGGGUAUUAAGUCCAUACUGACACACCCUGCCCUCUACUCACUCUGUCUGACACACACAUGCAGACACAUGUGGGCAUAUGCGCUCACACUAACAAAUCUCCUAAUUUGCACCACAGAGACUGAACAUGACAGUCUGUUGUUUUAGUCAGAACAUUUUCCCCCUUCUUUUGUUGGACUUUUCUUUCUUUCUUUUUUUUUUAGGAUAUUAAGCUUUAGCUGCACCGGUCAAUGCUGCUCUCACCUGAUCCAUAAAGCAGACCACAAAUACUGUAUUGUUUUUAACCUGCAGUAGAGCAUAGCGAUCCACUCCUUGCCUUACCUUCUUGCAUCGGUCUUUUACUUAGAGUCGGCUGGUUUAGCACAGUCUAGGAUCUCACUGAACCGGCCAUGUAUUUGUACUCAGAUUCAUCCCCCAUGUUAGAGAUGUCCAAUCUGUAACCGUCGGUCAGAACUGCACUCUACAUGCUGAUGUUACAUAUUCACAGUAACCAAAUAUGUCAGUAUCACUGGGUUAGGCACUGUUUUAAAUGCAAGUGAAGUAUGGGUCAAAACAAUCUCGUACUGACAUUUUUUGUUGUUGCCGCAAGGCCUUUCUCAAGACAUCCUGGGACCUUUUAAAAAAAAAAGUGUGUGACCCGUCAUCUAUACCUCCCGCGAUCCUCAGAGUAGGCCACAAGUCCCUUAAACACUACUGUCAGAAAAAACCCACAACAACCAAAGCUCCUGCUGCUCCACGCGUGCGCUCGUACGACGUGGGGAUGACGCGAACAUUACUGUGCUCGACAUCGUUUUCAUCGUGUGAAAAAUGUAAAACAAGAAUUCAAGGUUCGCCUUGAAUACCGUGUUAAUGUUAGUCGCUGUGGGAGGCUCAGCUUUGGCUGUUCAAGGCGUACUGUCAAGUACGCUUCAAAGAAUGUACUCUGGUGUAGUUUGUACUUCGCUUGUUUAGAAUUUUGUGUCGUGCAUGUGUGCGUGCGUGCGCGUGUGUGUGUGUGUGUGUGUGGGUGGGUGGGUGGAUGGAUGUGUGUCUGUAUGUCUAGCACGAGGAUGCAACCCUCAGUCAAACUGUGCCAGUGUGAGCUAGUUAACCAGCCUUAAAACUGUACUGACCAAGAGAUGCACGCUACAGGUAGCUCCCCUCCACGCACGACUGAAUUUUACAAGGAAAGAAAAACGGAGAGAUGUGGCGAUAUAUCCCUAGUUAAUCACUUUUAAUCAGAGAUGUCUUUAAUUUUGUGCAAUAUUUUUUUCUUUAAUGCAUGUGUAUUUCAGUAAUUGUAUACCGAAACAACGUAAACCAUACUGCUUUGAGAAGUUAGUCAAAGGCGUGAAAGAACUCCCCCCAGAAAUGUCUUUACCCCCCCCCCCCAACAACUUACAUUCCGUUGUUGCAAAAGUACCAUGUUUAUUUUACAGACUUGUUUUAUAAGUCUGAGCUUUUUUUAUGUCUCUUUCUCCCCCACCACCCUCUCCUGGAGUGUGCUGACUCAACAGCAAGUCCAGGAUCGGCCUCAAAACUUCUACAACUUCUGUCGUUCAACCGGAGGGGGAUUUUAUGCAUACGAGCCUGUUCUGUUGACUGUGAACUGAUGUGACCCUCAGAUGUUCUGAACUGAAAUCAGGAGGAACUGCGGCCUCUCCUGUCCGUUGGGACUCCGAGGAAGAGCCGAUGUCCUGUGAACAAUAGAAUAACUGCGAAAGAGCACUUAACCGUAGCGACGACAGAGGGAGAAACGCUCUCGCUCAGCUGAAUUGGAGUGCCGUUCUGCCGCGGUCAGCGGGAUGGACCUCCCUCGUCUGCCGUAGUUUGCUUGCACUGAGCAGCCCCGGCAGACUCCACUGGCUAAUUGUGAGGACGUGAACCCGAAACCUCUUACUUUUUUGAGAGGCGACGUUUUUUGUCCCCUUGAUGGAGAAGGUGACAUCACCUUUAAGUGUUUGUAUGCCCCUCCAUACAGGAAAGCUUGACCGUUUUUUUUAAAAAAAGAAAAAAAGGAAAAAAACCCACUACAUAUGAGUCCAUAAUAAUGAAAAUUGUGCAUAUCUGUGUACAGUAAGUGUCAAUAGUGUGCCUAAAUGUACUGUCAAUUCUAUUUUCAUAUUUUUCUUUAUUCAAAGAAAAAUCGGUAAGAAUGUCACGAUCAUUUUACGCAACUGAAAAGGACUUUAGGGUGUUAUUUUGCAUCAUGCUUAUCAAACUCUUCCUUUGGAGCACCUGUGCUCAAAUCAGUAUAACACUAAUAAUAAAAUGGUAACUCAGACUA